AGUUUGUAGGUCAUGUCUACUGUUGCAUUUGAAUACGCUAACACGGUGCAGUCGGUUCGACGGAGUUCAGUGGGCUGUAAAUGUGGCGAGGGGGCGGACACAGCGGGACUCUCCUCUGCUGUCCUGCGGUAACAUUGUUGUGGAACGACGUCACAGCUCGAAAAUGAAGGCGCAGAGGCAGCCAUUACUGGAGCUUCUCUAAUUAUUUUAUUCCAAAUAAAUACUCGUGGUAAACUCCCAUGGCAAAAGCUACAAGUCAGCUGUAUGAUGUUGUGCCCAUUAAGCCCAACCUUGUCAUCUGUUCCUGCUCGCAUCCAUCAAUGGUAAGAAACCACCCUGACUCCUGCUCGCCACUUGCUAUCCCAGGCGCAAGCAGUAGCCACUGUCCUAGCAUGGAGGGCUCAGCCCCAGAGGCCUCUGUCAGCAGCCAUGUCUCAGACCUCCGCACACAGCCAGCUGCCCAGGCACCGCAGCCGCGCAAGAAAAAGCCAGAGGACUUCAAAUUUGGCAAAAUACUGGGAGAAGGCUCCUUUUCAACAGUUGUACUGGCCAGAGAGCAGGUAACAAGCAAAGAAUAUGCAAUUAAGAUUUUAGAGAAGCGACAUAUUAUGAAGGAGAACAAAGCCCAGUACGUCAAAAGAGAAAGGGAUUUGAUGUCAAAUCUAGAUCAUCCGUUUUUUGUCAAGCUCUACUUCACAUUUCAAGAUGAUGAGAAGUUGUAUUUUGGUCUGAGCUACGCUAAGAAUGGAGAGCUCUUGAAAUACAUUCGCAAAAUUGGUUCAUUUGAUGAGACCUGUACUAGAUUCUACUCUGCUGAAAUAGUUUGUGCCCUAGAAUACUUACACAAUAAGGGGAUAAUACACAGAGACCUGAAACCAGAGAAUAUUCUCUUGAGUGAAGAGAUGCACAUUCAGAUAACAGAUUUUGGCACAGCAAAACAGUUAUCGGCAGACAGUAAACAAGCGAGAGCAAACUCCUUUGUGGGAACAGCGCAGUAUGUGUCUCCAGAGUUGCUAACAGAAAAGUCAGCCUGCAAGAGCUCUGACCUUUGGGCCUUGGGAUGUAUUAUCUAUCAGCUGGUGGCUGGUUUACCACCAUUCAGAGCUGGAAACGAGUACCUAAUAUUCCAGAAGAUCAUAAAACUGGAGUAUGAAUUCCCAGAGAAAUUCUUCCCCAAAGCCAAGGAUCUUGUCAGACAGCUUCUGUCACUGGACCCUUCCAAAAGAAUUGGGUGUGAAGAAAUGGGAGGGUAUGACCCUUUGAAGCAACAUCCUUUCUUCAACACCAUCUCCUGGAGUGACCUACACCUACAGACACCCCCCAAGCUCACACCUUACCUCCCAGCCAUGUCUGAGGAUGAUGAGGACUGUUAUGGAAAUUACGACGACCUCCUGAGCCAGUUCAGUAACAUGCAGGUGGCCCAGUCCAGCUCAUCACACUCCUUAUCGCCACAUGACUCUACUCCCCCACAGAGGUCCAGUAGCAACAUUGAACAGUACAUCCAUGAUUUGGAUAACAACUCUUUUGAGCUGGACCUGCAGUUCACUGAAGAGGAGAAGCAGCUAUUGCUGAACAAACAAACUACUGGAAACCCCUGGCACCAGUUUGUGGAGAAUAACCUGAUCUUAAAAAUGGGUCCAGUAGAUAAACGAAAGGGUCUGUUUGCUCGGCGGAGACAGCUGCUUCUUACUGAGGGACCACACCUGUACUACGUGGAUCCUGUCAACAAGGUUCUGAAAGGGGAGAUUCCAUGGUCCCUUGAGCUACGCCCUGAGGCCAAGAACUUCAAAACCUUCUUUGUUCACACGCCUAACCGAACAUACUAUUUGAUGGACCCCAGCGGAAAUGCUGACAGGUGGUGCAAGAAGAUCCAGGAAGUGUGGAGAAAGAUCUAUCAAAGGCACCAAAACCCUGGGCUAUAGGAGCACAUUUUCUCCUGUGGCCACACCUUUUUAGCUCUGAGGCCAAUCACUGAGCAGAGUAACACCCUUUUUAGUGCCCUUCACCAUCGCAAUGUAAACAAACUCUUAGAGACGCUGGCAUCUAGACCUUGUUUGUUUUCCUGAGUAGAACCAUGGGAAAAAUACAACUUUGGAUUCAGGGUUGCUUUGCUUGUUCUUUGUGCUCUCUGUGAGGCUUCUAUCGCAUUUUCCCAUGUACGGAUGAUAAGACUGCCACCAUGCACAUUUGCUUUUUGUACAUUCAGCAGGGGGAUAAGAAGGGCAAGCUUGGCCUGUAGAUUGACACAAACCUGGGUACCGCUAGGACUAUCUCAAGUGCAAGGACUGGUUUCCUGCUACAGUGAUACCAUAACACAAAAUCUAGCUUUUGUGAAUGACAGCCUAUCCUGAUAUCUUAGUUAAACCAUAUCCUAAUCCUACAUUGUACAUGCGAGCUAUAGUCAGGUCCCAUUUCUAAUGCAUUUACAACAUAGCUGUAACAGAUACUGUAAGAUGACUUAGUCUUGAGCGUUAACCAAACGCAAAUCCUAUAUAUAUAUUAUUUUUUUGUCAGAGCCCAUUUCUUCCCACUGUAUUUAACUUUUUUAGUCUCUUGAUACUUAGUUAUUGCAGUCCAAAAGAGGUCUCUAUGUAACAAGCAGAGUGCUGCUCUGCAGUGAGAGAUGGGUCUGAAUCAGUCUCUGUAUAAGUGUGAGCCCUCCACAGCUGUUACUGAGGAGGUAUCACUGACAGGGGAAGGGUAAACAUGCCACUAGCUUGUACUUCCUACUCAUAACUUUCCUGCAUGGCCAGUUUUGUAGCUCAGCCUUGUCUGCUUCUCUUUCCUAGGGCACUGGAAAUGUAGUUUGUUCAAGCUUAAAGGUGGGUAUUUUUGACUGCAUUGGCAAAUAUUAUUGGAUGAUUCGGCUGUUCUGUACCAUUCACUGGCUAUUUCUUUGUGGUGUGAAUUCAGUUUCAUUUUUGUUGGGAUAGUCUGCUCAUCUACAGUACUUCCUAUUGAAAACAAAAUUUCAUGUGCUGACCACCCCAUGCUGAACAGAAAACUAUCAACGGACGUACAUACAUACAUAUACUAUCAUUUCAAAAGCAAUCACAGUAAAGCUGUUGUCCCUGAACAAAAUGGCAGAACUGCCUCACUGGGCUCCUUGGUGCAUUUAUUUUGUUUUCCUUCUCACGUUUGGCCCAAUAGAAAUUAAAGCGAGUCAACUUGUGCUCUUGUUUUAGCAAUAUGUAUUCUCAUAAUGCUUUAAAUUUUUGACAUAUUACCUUAAGGUCCUUCCCAAAGGUCCUCUUCCUUCAGCUGAGUCUGUGUGCGCAGUGUGACUGGAGUGAAUAGCACCCUCGGGCCCUGGGGCCCGGGGCUCCACGUGGUUGGAUGUCAGUUAAAGGAUGUCUAUUUGAUCCAAAUAACCGAAGAUGAAAUUGCUGUAUCUGUCUAUAAAGUUAAGAAAGCACUAAAGAAGUGUUUUCCUUUAGUUAGAAAAAAAAUGUCUGAAUCAAGUCGAUGGCAGUCGGUUACAUUGUGUAUGGAAAACUCUACCUGGCUUGUAACUGACUAGAACUGUGAUGUACAGAUGAUGUAUUAUUAAAAUCUGAAGCAAGUAAUGCAAUGAUAUUAGGAUACAGUUUUUGUAUUUUUAUUCUUGUAUAAGGUUAUUUGAUGGCUAUUGUUUAGCCUCUAGUUCAUUCUGUGUUAUUUAAAUUCUAAUAUAUGAAUCAUAUUUGGAUUGAAGUCAUGUUCAGGGGCCAUGUUGUGUAUGUAUUGAGAUGUAAAGCCUUUGAAUGUGAAUAAUUAUUGUAAACUAUAAUAUUUUACAGCUUUUUUCUUACUAUAUCAUACAUUUUCUAUUUGCUCAGUGAUUUAAUCAUAUUCUGAUAAUUUAAUGAAUCUGCUCAUUCUCUCUCUGAUUAUUGUGCGGCUAGGUCAGUAGAUGUUGAAUGAUGAAUUUUCCACUUAAUGCUUGGUAGUCCAGUAAUUAAAGCAUGUAGGGAUUUAGGCAUACAAUAAAGCCAUGUGUCCUGUCUUCUGUUGACAACCACAGUCAUGACAGUGAGAACGGCAGCAUUCGGUGGUCAUGGCUUCUCAUACUGCAGCAUGUAAAUAAAGUUCGGGUCUAUCAUAA